AUGAGUACAGCUAAUAAAACUCAAAAUGUACCCGGCCCCGACCUUCCUUCACCCAGACUAAAAAUGUGCGAAGAUAAUUUUCUACCGUUGAUAACUAAUGAAGAUAGACCAGCCGAGUUUGCGAAAAUACGUGGUUGUUCUCAAGCAAGAAGUGACAUAAAAAAGCUUUAUCAGGAUUACAAUAGUCUGGUAGAAAUUCAUGAACAGGGAUCCGUCUUGACUCGUGAAAAGUUAGAAAAGUACAUCGAAAUCGCCGAUCAAGUGAUCAAGAUGAAUGAACUGACAUUGGAAGAACUUAAUAAAAAGCAUGAACUGCUCAAGAAUUCGAGGAAAGAAUCUAUCGAGAGGUCAGGGAAAAAUCUUGGAUCCCGAGAGGACAUUCUAGAGGGAAAUAUUGAAAUGGAGAGUGAACGCAGCGAAAUUGGAGAAAACUCAUAUGAUGAAAGGAAAUUUGGAGACGAGAUGAUUGGGUCGAAUGAGGAAAGGACUAAAAGCAUAAACGAAAAUCACCGUGGAAACGGCGUAGGUAAAAAGAUACCUAAUCAAGGCGACGUCCCUGAAAAUGGGGAUAAGCAGGUGAGUAAGAGCAGGCAUAAGGUUAGGUCAAAUGAAAAGGGCGAAGAGAAUUACGGCGUAGGGAGCUCAAAAACCGAUUACGCUGUUGAAGGGAUCAAAGAUGGCGCCGAAAUAAUAAAAAAGAAUAAUAGCAUGAAUGGAAAAGAUGAUAAAGUGGGUUAUGCGAAGGAGAAUGAUGGUCUUGGAUGGAGUGAUGAGGUAAAUGCUCGUUUUGAUGAGAACGAAGGGAGGAAUGAAGAUGAUUGGGAGAGUGAAGACAUUGAUGAUUAUAAAGAAAUUCCAAAUGUUAAAAAAGGUGGGUACGGUGGUAAUGUGAAGGAAAAUAAAAAUUCGAGAAAUCGAUAUAACCAUGGAAGGAGUUAUGCUAGAAAUGGAAACAACAACCGACGGCGGAAUUUUGACAAUAGGAAUUGA